GAAGGCUCGACGGACAGCCUGUAUGAGCCUGCCCUCAACAAACACCCAGUCAUCCAGGAACACAGCAGUGGAGUUCCCAGUCAACACAAUAGCCCUUCUUUGAGGGACAGGGCCAAGUGGAGAGGCUCAGAUCCAUGUAUACCCACGGUGAGUUCAACCAGAUGUUCAACAAACUAUCAAUACACUAACUAACUACUGUAACCCUAACCCUAGGCAAGUUGUUGCAUAUCAACACACUUGCAAGUUUGAGAAUUUAUAGACCACCUAUAGUUGACUAUCCAAAUAAAGUGGGACCUAAAGUAGACCUCAUAUCAUACCUCAUAUCAGGCCAAAAGCUUCCAACACACUGACAUUAGUCUCCAACAACAACAGACACUGCUCGUGACCUGGGACUGCAGUCUGCUGCUAAAACUUCUGGUCACUGGAUGGGUGCCUGAUGACCAACCUCUCUGUGUAAGCCUAUAUGAACCUCUAGGUUUCAUCAGGGUAUUCGGAAGUGAUUUCAGCAGACCUGCUUGUGCAAUACAUUAUGUCUGCCAAAUCAAUGCAAAGUGUUACAUUCCAUUUAUUUUCUUCCCAGGAGCUGUCCGAAACUCACAAAUCCCAUUUGAAAAAGAAAAAGAGAAGGUAUGGAACAUUUGUGAUAUGUAUGUCUGUCAGUCAAUACAUGCUGUGGUUAAAGUGAGAGUGAGGGGCUUAGUUAACCAUUGAAAUGGAUGCUAAGAUGUGCUGCUCAUAACUCCAGGAAAUAAUGAGUUAAUCAGGAGUUCUCAGCAGGUCCACCAUUAGCGUUUUGGUCCUUCUCAUGGUGGCCUUCACUCUCCAAGCCUCCAGGCAGCUGUCUGUUUGGAUCUUGGUCCCUUGCUCAAACCCAUUUAUAUCACAACAAGGGCAUGGUUCACAGUCUGCUUUGACUGAGGACUGGAUUCUUUUUUAAUGAAUGUUGAAGGCCAAGGGCAUUCCUAGUAAUUCAAGCAAUUACACACUGAAAGCUUUUGUAUUUUUCUAUACAUUUGACAAAUUACAUGCAGUCUAAUUGAUCUUAUCCACUUAAUUCUACAGUAAUAAACAAUUAAAGAUGGAACUAUUUUCUUAAAGAUGUACUUCUCUACAAAGAUCCACAAACAAACUGCCAAGCCCAGUUCAUUUACCGAUGUAGGUGGAACAUAAAAAUAUGUUUACAGUUCUAAACGUGGAGCCUAUUCGCUAGCCUGUGGUUGUGUUUAAGUAUGAUAUUAGAUCAAUGGUGUGUAUUAGGUUUUAUGGUGCAAUUUCACGGACGAGCGCAUUGGGUGGGAUUACGAUUAGAUUAGUUGGGACAAGAGUUGGGAUUUAAUCACUCCUUUGACCCACCUUCUUAACAGGAGGUCAACGACGACCCCAACAGGGGUAUUAUCACUCAGAUACGUCACAAUAACAAGUCACACACUGUAUCAGUCUAGCCUGGUCCCAGAUCUGUUAGUGCUGUAUAAACUCGUAAACUCAGACCAUAGGAGAUAGCAAGACAGCACAUACAGAUCAAGGAUCAGGCCAGUAUGAGCCAGUUGUUUAAGAGCACACAGACAGAUUUAGACUGGUAUCUAGAUUCAUAAUGGGCCUGUUGGUGGCAAUGGGUCCAAACUUAUUGGCAUAGAAGCUGCUUUGUAAAUCUUUGUUUAUAAUACCUUUGCCGAUUUAGAUUAAUUAAGAGUCUAAAAUGUAAGCUAAAAAAAUGACAAGAUUUAUAGACAGAUUUCACAGAAAGGUUGUUGGAAAUACAAUACCUUGGAUUUGGAUAUCCAGAAUUCUUGAAUUAUGUAGGUAAAUUUGUAUUUGUAUUUAUUACCCCAUUAGCGGCUGCCAAGGCAGCAGCUACUCUUCCUGGGGUCCAACCACAAUUUAAAUACAAUAAAACAAUACAUAACACAACACCUUAUUACACUCUACUCUACCAUAACAUAUUUACAAUACAAAAUCAAUAAUACAGCAAAAUAACAAUAUUAAAAUGUGUGUGUAGAGUGUGUGUGUUAGCAUGUGUUUGCGAAUGCUGUGUGUGUGCCUGUGUGUGUGUGUGUGUCUCUUCAUUGUCCACGCUGUUCCAUAAAGUGUAGUUUUAUCUGUUUUUUAAAUCUGAUUUUACUGCUUGACUGAGUUACAUGAUGUGGAAUAGAGUUCCAUGUAGUCAUGGCUCUAUGUAGUACUGUGCGUUUCCCAUAGUCUGUUCUGGACUUGGGGACUGUGAAGAGACCUCUGGUGGCAUGUCUCGUGGGGUAUGCAUGGGUGUCCGAGCUGUGUGCCAGCAUUCCAAACAGACAGCUCAGUACAUUCAGCUUGUCUACACCUCUUUAACAAAUCUCUCUUCCACUCAAAGCCAGGAGAGACUAACAUGCAUGUCAUUAAUGUUAGCUCUCCGUGUACUUUUAAGGGCCAGCCGUGCUGCCCUGUUCUGAGCCAACUGCAAUUUUCCCAAGUCCCUCCUUGUGGCACCUGACCACACUACUGAACAGUAGUCUAGGUGCGACAAAAAUAGGGCCUGUAGGACCUGCCUUGUUGAUAGUGUUGUUAAGAACACAGAGCAGCGCUUAAUUAUGGACAUACUUCUCCCCAUCUUAGCUACUGUUGUAUCAAUAUGCUUUGACCACAACAGUUUACAAUCCAGGGUUACUCCAAGCAGUUUAGUCAUGCUAAAUUCCACAUUAUUCAUUACGAGAUGUAGUUGAGGUUUAGGGUUUAGUGAAUGAUUUGACCCAAAUACAAUGCUUUAUUUUUGAAAUAUUUAGGACUAACUUAUUCCUUGCCACCCAUUCUGAAAAUAACUGCAGCUCUUUGUUAAGUGUUGCUGUCAUUUCAGUCUCUAUGGUAGCUGACGUGUAUAGUGUUGAGUCAUCCGGAUACAUAGACACAUUGGCUUUACUCAAAGCCAGUGGAAGGUCGUUAGUGAAGAUGGAAAAAGGUAAGGGGCCUAAACAGCUGCCCUGGGGAAUUCCUGAUUCUACCUGGAUUAAGUUUGAGAGGCUUCCAUUAAAGAACACCCUCUGGGUUCUGUUAGACAAGUAACUCUUUAUCCACAUUAUAGCAGGGGGUGUAAAGCCAUAACACAUACGUUUUUCCAGCAGCAGACUAUGAUCGAUAAUGUCAAAAGCUGCACUGAAGUCUUACAAAACAGCCUGGUGUGCUUGUUGAAUGUCCUUCUCUAUAAGCAUGCUGAAAGUAUGUUGUCAAUUUGUUUACUGUAAAAUAGCAUUGUAUCUGGUCAAACACAAUUUUUUCCAAUAGUUUACUAAGGGUUGGUAACAGGCUAAUUGGUCGGCUAUUUGAGCCAGUAAAGGGGUUUUUACUAUUCUUAGGUAGCGGAAUGACUUUUGCUUCCCUCCAAGCCCUGGGGCACAUACAUUCUAAUAGGCUUAAAUUGAAAAUAUGGCAAAUAGGAGUGGCAAUAUCGUCCGCUAUUAUCCUCAGUAAUUUUCCAUCCAAGUUGUCAGACCCCGGUGGCUUGUCAUUGUUAAUAGACAACAAUAAUGUUUUCACCUCUUCCACACUCACUUUACGGAAUUCAAAAUUACAAUGCUUGUCUUUCAUAAUUUGGUCAGAUAUACUUGGAUGUGUAGUGUCAGCAAUGGUCUUGGUGUAAAGCCUGACAAAGACCCAAACUGUUCAAAACAUUGCUGAGAUGGGUCAAAAUGUAAGUAAUGUGGAAGUUAUUUCAGGAUAUUUAGGCAAGUUAGCUUACUAACGCCUUGAUCCUACUUUGUAGUAUACCCCUCAGAGUUUAUUUUCAUUUGUAAUUUCAGAUCACAUGUACCAACAACGUCAACAUUGGACAAUGAAACCUUAGGUCAGUACAAAAAUCAGAUCAGUUUGUCCUUUUCAAAUUGCAAUUCAUUGAUACGUCUGUGACAUGCUCACACAUGAUUGAAUGAAAUUAAAACCACUAGCUUCUUACUAACUUUGCUUUAGUCCUGCUCUCCGAUUGUAUUUUGAGCUGUAUAGUGCGCACACAGCCAAAAUACUGCCCUCAGUAACCUACUUGGCCGUGUUAGUGCUACUGGCUUGUGUAGUCUAUUUGAUUUCACUUGGUUUCUUCUUAGCCUUGCUUCUACUAAUAUAUAGACCUUAUUGGCCUCUUUCCCUCCCCUAACCCCUCUGUUGCAGAUAACACAGACACUAAUAAUGUCUACUGGCAGUCAUCCAGAGAGAAGCAAGAUUUAGUUCUCAUCAAGACUAAUCACAAUGAAGGUCAACACUCAGAAAAAUAUGUCAGCCAGAGAACAUAAACCCCAUGUUCCAUUUAGGAUAGUCUGCUUGCUAAGGCCAGAGAGAGACACUAUGUGUGUGUAAAAGGCUUGUAGGAUUUAGUUAAUGAGGACAGAUACAGAUAGACCCACUGAUGCUCCCCAUGCUUUUUCAAAGUCAGUGGAGAAAAAAAAAACUAUUGCAGUGUUUUGUUAUGUGGAGGGAUUAUGUUAAAUGAGACAGCUGAAUGAGAGCAAAUAGGGUGUAUGUUGUAGGGUGUAAAAAACAAACUGAGGCUGAGACAGAUGGCCGGGGCAGUUUCAUUUGGAUUCUGGACCAUGUGUGGUAGUUACAGUAGUUAACCCUACACAUGCACACAGUGGCGACCUGUCAUUCAGGGCAGGUGGGGCAGUGCCCCACCUGUUUUGACCCCCACCUGUUUAAAAAAUACAAUUCAAAAAAGUAGGCCUGUUUUGCAUGUAAUUCUGGCAUUAAUUCAUAUCACAUUUCAGUUUAGCAAACAAUGUAAAAAAUAAUAACAACAUUUAAAUAAUAAAGAGUCAUACAAACUUGGUCUCCUUUGAGUAAGGCAGCUCCAAAAUGCAGCUGUUUCAGCCUAGCUCAGUGCUUUCUGUGGUGGAGGGGCAGCCAGCGAAAGCACAGAGAGUAGGUGUUGUUAAUCUUCUCUGGUUGCGCCAUGAUUGGCUCAGGGUUCUGUCACUCAUGGGGACAUUAUGUCACUGCAGAAUCUACGAGAGAGCUAGGCCAAAGAUGAUGGACAUACUGACAAGAUACAUGUCUCUCUGCCCUAACAAUGGGUGUCGUUGUCCACAAAGUGGCACAGCAGCCUUUCUUUAGAUUGGUGGAAACAUCUCAUUAUUGCAAUUCUUUUUUUGAACAUUCGAUGAGGGUUGUUGACGUCAACCACCUGUAUUCAGUGGAGAGAGAUGCUAUGCUACUAGCCUCACGCCAUGAAAAUGCAUAGCAAUCUCGAGAUAACUCUGAUGUAAAGUGUUCUUUCUCAAAGUUGCCCGGAUGUCACGUGUCCUAUUUAUAUCAGUACACAGUAACAACUUAAGCAUUACGAAACUUCUAUUCAAUCAAAUAAACCUCACAUAGAAAAUAAGCAAUUCAUUUUUUUGUUGACCAAAUUUGGCACUCUCUCAUUGACCUCCAUGCAAAAACUCCUUGCUUGGUGGGUGAAACAACGAAAAGACGCCACCUGCUGGAGGGAGACAGAUUAUCCACUGAGUUGGUCUCUUCCACUUCCUCUCUGGCUAGGCAUUUGAAGACCCCCUGGGGUGCUACCAUAGAUUUACAGUAGAAGUGCUCAUCCAAGAAGGCUCAAGGUCAUCAAAAUUAAGUCAAAUCACGUUAUAUCUCCCGUAGCUUUAAUUGGACUGAUCAUGUCAACAUCAUACUUUCAAAAUCUUAGCUAGCAAGCAAGCAGUCAUCAUCAUUAUUCGCGUUGACAAUGUACUGGCAAAUCCUUUUCAAUCCUUGCCAUAUGAAGAGAAAUUAGAGAUAAAACGUCUUGGUGCUCAUCGGCCAUUGGACAUAAACAUUACACACCAAGUCGGAAAUGGCAAAUUCUACAAAAAGUGGUUUGGAAGGAAGCAGUGGCUAACUGCAAGCAUCGCAAAGCAAUCACUAUUUUGCUUCCCCUGCCUGCUAUUUGGUGGAGAGGGUGUGGGUCAAGUCUGGGUUUAAGGACUUAAAACAUCUGUCUGAAAGUGUCUCAAAACAUAAGAAUUGUGCAUCACAUGUAGACAACGCUGUUAAACUCGGAUGACUGGGGAAAUCAAACAUUGUGGCUCAGAUAGACACCCUUUCAGAAUGUAUUCACACCCCUUGACUUUUUCCACAUUGUGUUGUGUUACAGCCUGGCCUACACACAAUAUCCCAUAAUGUCAAAGUGGAAUUAUGUUGACUACCUCAUGAAGCUGGUUGAGAGAAUGCCAAGAGUGUGCAAAGCUGUCAUCAAGGCAAAUGGUGGCUACUUUGAAGAAUCUCAAAUAUAAAACAUAUUUUCAUUUGUUUAACACUUUUUUGGUUACUACAUGAUUCCAUAUGUGUUAUUUCAUAGUUUUGAUGUCUUCACUAUUAUUCUACAAUGUAAAAAAUAGUAAAAAUAAAGAAACCUCUGGAAUGAGUAGGUGUGUCCAAACUUUUGACUGGUACUGUACAUUGUAUUCAGAAAGUAUUCACACCCCUUGACUUAUACAUUUUGUUGUGUUACAGCCUGAAUUUAAAAUUGAUUAAAUUGAGAUUUUGUUGGUCACUGGCCUACACACAAUACCCAAUAAUGUCAAAGUGGAAUUAUGUUUUUCAAAAUGUUUACAAAUUAAUAAAAAAUGAAAAGCUUAAAUGUCUUAAGUCAAUAAGUAUUCAACCCCUUUCUUAUGGCAAGCCUAAAUAAGUUCAGGAGUAAAAACUUGUUUAACAAGUCACAUAAUAAGUUGCAUGGACUCACUCUGUGUGCAAUAAUAGUGUUUUACAUGAUUUUGAAUGACUACCUCAUCUCUGUACCCCACACAUACAAUUAUCUGUAAGGUCCCUCAGUCGAGCAGUGAAUUUCAUACCCUGAUUCAACAACAAAGACCAGGGAGGUUUUCCAAUACCUUGCAAAGAAGGGCACCUAUUGGUAGAUGUGUAAACGUUUUAAAAAAAGCAGACAUUGAAUAUCGAUUUGAGGAUAAUGAAGUUAUUAAUUACACUUUGGAUAGUGUAUCAAUACACCCAGUCACUAAAAAAAUACAGGCGUCCUUCCUAACUCAGUUGCUGGAGAGAAAGGAAACCGCUCAGGGAUUUCACCAUGAGGCCAAUGGUGACUUUAAAACACUUACAGAGUUUAAUGGCUGUGAUAGGAGAAAUCAGAGGAUGGAUCAACAACAUUGGAGUUACUCCACAAUACUAACCUAAAUGACAGCGUGAAAAGAAGUAAGCCUGUACAGAAUAAAAAUAUUCCAAAACAUGCAUCAUGUUUGCAGCAAGGUACUAAAGUAAUACUGCAAUAAAUGUGGCAAAGCAUUUCAGUUUUUGUCUUGAAUACAAAGUGUUAUGUUUGGGGAAAAUCCAACACAACACAUUACUGAGUACCACUCUCCAUAUUUUCAAGAAUAGUGGUGGCUGCAUCAUUUAUGGGUAUACUUGUAAUCGUUAAGGACUGGGGAUUGUUUUAGAAUAAAAAAGAAACGUAAUGGAGGUAAGCACAGGCAAAAUCCUAGAGGAAAACCUGGUUCAGUCUGCUUUCUACCAGACACUGGGAGAUGAAUUCACCUUUCAACAGGACACUAACCUAAAACACAAGGCCAAAUCUACACUGGAGUUGCUUACCAAGAAGACAGUGACUGUUCCUCAGUGGCUGAGUUACAUUUUUGACUUAAAUCUGCUUGAAAAUCUAUGGCAAGACCUAAAAAUGGUUGUCUAGCAAUGAUAAACAACCAAUUUGACAGAGCUUGAAGAAUUUUUAAAAUAAUAAUGGGCACAAUCCAGGUGUGGAAAGCUCUUAGAGACUUACCCAGAAAGAGGGCUGUGAAUACUUAUGUAAAUUAGAUAUUUCUGUAUUUAAUUUUCAAUACAUUUGCAAACAUUUCUAAAAACUUGUUUUCACUUUGUCAUUAUGGGGUAUUGUGUGUAGAUGGGUGAGGGAAAAAAACGAUUGAAUCCAUUUUGAAUUCAGGCUGUAACGCAACAAAAUGUGGAAUAGGUCAAGGGGUAUGAAUACUUUCUGAAGACGAGCCAUCGAUCUUCACAACCAACAAACGUGCUUGCCAGAAUUAAAACAUGCAUUCAAUUGUGUUGCUGAACGAAUAGGCCUAUAGGCUACGUACGUCUCAGCUCGCUCAUGUCUUAUGCCCCGUUUACAUCGUGACGUAUUUCAUUACACCGUACGUCAUCUUCACAGAGUCUUGCCCCGCUUUUGAACGGACAAGUGUAGUGUUUCUAACACAAGAUGGAGGAGAUCCUGUCUUUUGUUAGAGAUCACAUUUAUUUUGGGAGAUUACAAAGUAUGACCGGAGCAGCUAGCUAGCUAAAAGCUAGGCUAGGUUGAAGAUACCAUUGUAGAUAGCGACCUCCACCCAAUAAUUAUCUUCAAAAACAAACGUAAUUACAUCACAAUAAACUUAAACGGGAGGCAACAGUUAUAUAUUCUAAUUGGCUAACAGCCUAUGUGUAUUAUUUAACAUUACUAUUAAAAUAGUACUCACUUAUAGGAAUGGGUAAUUGUUUACAAGUUGCUAUCUGUCCCAUAAAGCCAUCACCGAAAACCACAUAUUUCAUCUUCUUCUGUGGUUUGGUAACUUUCUGUUCCUCAACGGACUCUGGCUGGACUGAAGACGACACCUCCCCCAAAAAGUAUCUAAGUAUGCAUUGUCCAUCUCGCAACGGAGCCUUCAACCACAAGGGGGCAUUGCGUUUCCACUCUGUUUUGUUCGUCCACAUUGAAAUGCAUGACAUCCGGCGCAACAUAAUGGAGUGCUAAUGGGUAAUGUGAACGAGGCUUUAAUCUAAAUUACGGCUUGCCUCUUAUGCGCUCAUUGUUCCUGUGAUGAGUGAUUUCGAAGGAGUCAGGCGCAGGAGGAUAAAUCACAGAAUAACAGGAUUUAUUUUGAAAUACAGAGUUACGCAGUAAUGCGUCAAAACACUCCAGUGUGCAAAACAGGAAACAACAAGGCACACAGGGAAAUGUCCCGGCAAUACAAAAUACAAGUUGCUCCACUGAGCUUCUCUAUCCUCCACAAUAAACAAUCACACACAAAGACAAGGGGGCAGAGGGAACACUUAUACAGGUACUGAUGAGGGGACAUGAAUAAACAAGACAAAACCAAUGGAAUGAUGAGAUGAGGAGCGGCAGUGUCUAGAAGGCCGGUGACGACGAACGCCGAAGCCUGUCCGAACAAGGAGAGGAGGCAGCUUCGGAGGAAGUCGUGACAGUUCCCUAAUCCCGUAGUUCGUAGAUCUCCAUUGUUUUAUUGCUUAUAUACACUGAGUGUACAAAAUAUUAAAAACACCUUCCUAAUAUUGAGUUGCACCUCCUUUUGCCCUCAGAACAGCGUUCCCCAUUUUGACGCUGACGCGUCCCACAGUCCUUUGGGUGGUGGACCAUUCUUGAUACACACAGUAAACUGUUGAGCGUAAAAAACCCAGCAGUGUUGCAGUUCUUGACACACUCAACGUGCCUGGCUCCUACUACCAUACCCCGUUCAAAGGCACUUAAAUCUAGCCCAUUCACCCUCUGAAUGGCACACAUACACAAUCCAUGUCUCAGUUGUCUCAAGGUUUAAGAAUUCUUCUUUAACCUGUCUCCUCCCCUUCAUCUACGCUGGUUGAAGUCGAUUUAACAUCAAUAAGGGAUCAUAGCUUUCACCUGGAUUCACCUGGUCAGUCUAUGUCAUGGAAAGAGCAGGUGUUCCUAAUCUUUUGUACACUCGGUGUAGGUCAGACUCAUUAGUAUCUUAUUAAUCAUUUUAGGCAAUGUUAGAUUGAUGAAUUGCAUUGUUUUGCUUACUUUGUGCAUACUAUAUAUAUAGCAAGGAGGGCAUACUAUAUAAUGUUGUUGGGUUUGUAACCAUGUUUGCCAUUGACAAUCAACUAUUUGUGUUCAUCAAAAAGUUCAAUAAUAGACCCAUGUAACCUAAUUCCAGUUCAUUUUGCGGGGGUUAUUUUGUUUCUGUGCGUCUAUAAAAGUGGAUCCUCAUGAUUGUAUUUUCCUUCUUUUUUAGACCACAUAAUAAAAUACUUCAAAUGGUAGGCUAACCGCUGAGUCCUUGUCUCUCUCUCUCUCUCUCUCUCUCUCUCUCUGUCUCUGUCUCUUCUCUCUCUCUCUCUCUCUCUCUGUGUGUGUGGUGACUUAAAGAAGAGUAAUGUUAAGGCCUCAACAUCUUGCUGAAUUUAUCUGAACUAACAUAUAUAUGAAGUUCUGUUGCUGUUGUUAGGAUCUGAACAAACAGAGUUAAAAACUCAAACGGACGACUAGAAAAAGCUAAAACCAAGUUUAUUCACCCACUGGGUCAAACAGCUGCAAAGACAAGGCAUGAUUACACAAGCACAUAUAUUUAUAACCUUCUAAUAGGCGGGGUCAACUCCUUACACAUCUAGACAACCAAUACAUCUCUGUUGCUAGGCAGGAAUUUAAUUGGUUCCUCUCACUGGUGUAGUCACAGCCCUGCCUGGUACUAAAACCCUUGUGGGCGUGGAAGUGUAUGUGUGAGAUAGGACUGUAGUAGGAAAGUCGUUGUGGUGGGCCUCUAUGGCCCCCCUCCCAGAGGUUUCUUCUCACUUCAUCUGUUGAUUUGACCUCGAGACGCAUUCCUCACUCCUCCCUAGUUCCGCAGCCGGCCUGCCUUAUCAGAGACUAUCAAUUGCCUUUCGCCUCCCUCCUCAGAAAUAUGGAACAGAAUAUGAAGUUUCUACUCUCAGUAACUUUCCAUAUUCCUAGUUCCCAUCUACCCUUCAUUGACCCCAACAUAUACAUUCCUUAUACAUGUAAAGUAAUUAAUGAGUUCUAGUAUGGUAACAUGAAUCAGUACAUUUCAAGCUAGAAUCUAACACUGUCCAUUUCGAAUGUGCUGAACGAAUAGGUCUACCUCGUCGCAGCUCAUUUGCUUGCACUUGCUUAUACUGAGAGCUAAGUGUUACAGUUUUUCUCGAUUGCUAAGACAUUUCUUGAAAGCUGCUCUCCUUUUCUCUUAACUGUGAACACAAAACCCAAUUUUCAAGCUACAUUCACAAAACCUCUGACUCUUCUUGCAAAACCAAACUUUCAUCUCAGAACAGUUCAAUCUGUGCUCAAAACUGAACUAUGUUGUCAAAUCGUGCCCCGAGUCAAUCAAAAUAAAAAACACUACUGAACAGUCACUAAACACUACGUAGAAAAAUAGAAAACACAAUGCUCAGGACAUGAAGCUGGAGAAAUAAAUGUUUAUUGUUCACUGUAGGCUAAAUGCAUGUUGCAAAACAAAAAAAAAACUGUGCAUUUAGCACUUGUACAAAAAGACAAAACAGAAAUCUUGUGCAUUUACAUGUAGCACUUGUAAAAACAAACAGAAAUCUUAUGCGUUUGCCACUUGUGUACAGUAAGCCCAUGUAAAAAUAAAGUACAAAAAUAUACAAAUAAGUGCAUUACUCAGCCACAGCAUCAUGUCUCCGUACUGGGUCAGGCCACAGGACUUCAUCCACAUCACAGGCCACAUUUUGUCUGGCCAGGCAACGGGGGAAAAAAACCCUGGCAUGCCGUUUCCAGGCUUGGCAUGCCUCCACACCUAUGUCACCACAGGCAAGUCCCAUGGCUUGCAGGAGAUUUACCCUGGUGUAAGGUUGGCGUUCAUAUACCUUCCACCGCCAUGAGGAGAAUAAUUCCUCAAUGGGGUUUAGGAAAGGGGAGUAUGGUGGAAGGCAAAGAUUGAUAAAACCUUGGUUCAUAUUGUACCACUCUCUAACCUGGAGGGCUCUGUGAAAACUCACAUUGUCCCAAACAACAACAUAGAUGGGAUGCUCAUCCUGCUGCCCUAACAAAGCAUCUCGCAUGUGAUUGAGGAAAAUGAGGAGCUGGUGAGUGUUGUAGGGCCCCAGGUUGGCAUGAUGGUGGACAACCCCAUGAUUGCUGAUGGCAGCACAUAAUGUGACAUUGCCACCACGCUGCCCAGGAACACCAACAAUGGCCCGAUGGCCAAUCACAUUACGGCCUCUCCUUCUCCUUUUGGUGAGAUUAAACCCAGCUUCAUCCAUGUAGAUGUAUUGAUGGGGUCUUUCCAUUGCAUCCAGUUGAAAAACCCUCUGUAGAAAUAGAUAUAGUUUUGUAAGUGAUACGGAAAAAGUGAUUUAGGCCACUACAGUAAAUCACUACUUAGAGUAAUCAACAUUGAAUGUGUCUGGAUAUAUGCCAACCUGUACAUACUGGAAUCUUUGCUCUUUGACUCUGUCUGAGUUGCUAUCAAAGGGCACUCUGUAUAGCUGUUUCAUGCGCAGUCUGUUGCGCUUGAGGACACGAUCAACAGUAGAGAGGCUGACACUGUUGAUACCCUCAAAAUGUAAAUGGUCCUCAAUGAUCUUCUGCUGAAUUUCGCUCAGUUUAAUGGCAUUGUUCUCACGGACCAUAUCAACAAUUAGGGUCUCUUGGUGUGGGGAGAACAUACCUGUCCUCCCACCCCCAUGUGGCAGUCUUUCAAUUCUACAAAAAGAGAACAUGGAGUUACAAAAAAUAUACAUGGAAUACUAGGCCUACAAACAGUUAGACCAACCCUCCAUUACAAUACUACAGUACAUUGGUACAGUGAUGUACUGAAACAUAUAUUUACUUACAGUAUACUGUGGUACAGUAUAUAGUAUGUCAUACAGUAAUUGCUGUCAACAUUUACAUACUGUACUAUAAUGUCAAAAAAAGGUAAUUACCUGUUCUCUUCUCUAAAUCUUCGGAUUAUGGUGGACACAGUGAAUCUACUGAUGUUUGGUUGUACCCUUUGUCCAGCCUCCCUCAUACCAUAGACAAGAACAUGGUCAAUCACAGUAGCUCUGAUUUCAUCAGAUAUUACUGUUCUUUGUCUUCGCUGACCACCUCGACCUCCUCUCACACGAACUCUUCCUCUCAGAUUUCUAUCCAUUGUAGGGCCUUACAAACCAGUGCUCUCUGAACUGGCUUACUGUAUAUGUUCCCUCACAUAAUUAGCCACAAGUGUGAUCAAUUUUGAGUUGUUAUGUUCAAGUGGUGACACCUGUGCUCUAAUUGUGUUUGACUUUUGUCACCUGUGCUCACCAUUAUGCAGCACGGGUGCAUCACAAUGAAAAUGUGUUGGCAAGUUAUGUCUAAACAGGUGAAAAGUGCUUAUGGUUUUGCCAAAAGAGUGAUUGAUUCAAUCAGUGGGUUCAGGCAACUGAGCAUUUGGUUCAGACAAUAGGGUUUAGUGUUUUAGCAAUUGAGAAAAACUGUAAUGAUAUAAGAACAAACAUUAUGAAUUUACUGAACAUAAAUGUUAUCAUGUUUGUGUAUGGUUCAAAAGUCAAAAAUCAUGUCGGCAUUCAAUUAUUAUUGAAGGAGAAUGUGGUUCUUAUCGAGUUACACAAAUUCACAAGGAGUCAGCAGAAACCAUAUUUAUUUAAGAAAGUCAGCCAUAUCAGCUAUGGUUUUUAAAAAGGCUAUAACUGAGGCUGAAUGAACUGUUUGGCUGCCAGACAAGGCUCCGCUGAUAGCCUAGUAUAGCAGUGGUAAGGAUUCACUCCAUGGUGCUGAAAGGAAUGCUCAACUGUCGGGACCGCUUUAUGUAGGCCCUAACAAUUUGUGGGCACCGUUUGUCACCGUUAUUCAUAGCGCUUUUAAUGUAUUGUUUAGUGUUGUGUAGUGGCUUCGCUGGCAUGCAUCUAAAUAAAUUGGUUGAGUUUGCUCCACAAAGAUUGACAUGCUAAAAUCGCCACUACCUGCACAUCUAGAGUCAAAGUCAAGAUUUUGGUGUGUGUGUGUGUGUCGCUGAAAACAUAUUGUACCAAAAAAAGGUGGUCUUACCUUGCAUUGUCGCCUGUGGUUCCUCAGAGAUGGGUUGAGGUCCUUGUCAGAGAAGCGUGCUGGCAGUAGAGGACACAGUGGAGCAGCUGAACUCUGAGAGAAGAGAAAAAGACCCCACAACUCAGGUAAUACUAUAUAUCAUCAUCAUCAUUAUCAACUGUUGGACAAAAGACCAAGUGUAGGUUAGCUCUAUCCCACAAAUUCAAUGUCGGUUUAGAGGUAUCAGAUGUAACUUUUCAAACGAGAAAGGCAACUAGAUAAACACCUUUCCCCUUGAUUGAGUAGCAUUAGCUUAGCUUACCGAAACAGGUGAGCCCAAACCACCUGACCUUGCUACAGUAAUUUCAUCACUAUGUAGGAUAUUGGGUACUAAGUAAAAGUCACAUUUUGGAUUCCCAACAGGCUUGAUCUAAAUUCCCACAAACAAAACUUCCCCUCUAAUGCCCUCCCAAUCACAAAUAAAUCUGGAAAACGUGUCACCCUCGUUUUAUGUAAUCACUUCCUGUUUGAGAUAUAAUCACUUUAUGAUUGAAAUGCUUGAUCAUCUUACUAAUGAAUUCUCCUGACAAAUAACUUUUCUGUCGUGUGAACAUUUUGGGUCACCUUGAAAUACAGAGAAAGUAGGCUGCAGUCCCUCGAACUUGAACAUUACAGCCGCAAAUAUUUCUUUGAUUCUUCAAAGUUGCCACCCCUUGCCUUGAUGACAGCUUUGCACACUCUUGUCAUUCUCUCAACCAGCUUCACCUGGAAUGCUUUUCCAACAGUCCUGAAGGAGUUCCCACAUAUGCUGAGCACUUUUUGGCUGCUUUUCCUUCACUCUGCGGUCCAACUCAUCACAAACCAUCUCAUUUGGGUUGAGGUCGGGUGAUUGUGGAGGCCAGGUCAUCUGAUGCAGCACUCCAUCACUCUCCUUCUUGGUCAAAUAGCCCUUACACAGCCUGGAGGUGUGUUGGGUUAUUGUCCUGUUGAAAAACAAAUGAUAGCGUCACCAAGCGUUAACAAGAUGGGAUGGCGUAUUGCUGAAGAAUGCUGUGGUAGCCAUGCUGGUUAAGUGUGCCUUGAAUUCUAAAUAAAUCACAGACAGUGUCACCAGCAUGCUUCAUGGUGGGAAUCACACAUGUGGAGCUCACCUACUCUGCGUCUCACAAAGACACGGCGGUUGGAACCAAAAAUCUAAAAUUGGACUCAUCAGACCAAAGGACAGAUUUCCACCGGUCUAAUGUCCAUUGCUCGUGUUUCUUGGCCCAAGCAAGUCUCUUCUUCUUAUUCGUGUCCUUUAGUAGUGGUUUCUUUGCAGAAAUUUGACCAUGAAGCCCUGAUUCACGCAGUCUCCUCUGAACAGUAUAUGUUGAGAUGUGUCUGUUACUUCAACUCUGUGAAGCAUUUAUUUGGGCUGCAAUUUCUGAGGCUGUUAACUUUAAUGAACUUAUCCUCUGCAGCAGAGGUAACUCUGGGUCUUCCUUUCCUGUGGCGGUCCUCAUGAGAGCCAGUUUCAUCAUAGCGCUUGAUGGUUUUUGCGACUGCACUUGAAGAAACUUUCAAAGUUCUUGAAAUGUUCCGUAUUGACUGACCUUCAUGUCUUAAAGUAAUGAUGGACUGUUGUUUCUCUUUGCUUAUUUGAGCUGUUCUGGGACUUGGUAUUUUACCAAAUAGGGCUGUGUUUGUAGAUCGACUGAGGUGAAUGAAGUUACAGCAACAAAUGUGAUAAUGGCUGAGGUAAUUUUUGCUUGUUCUCCAAAUAGCUUUUUAGAGUUUUUAAAUUGUAUAGAAAUGCAGUAAAUGAGCUUCAACUUCCCGCUCGGACCUCACUAAAACUCAGAACCUCACUAAAACUCAGACCCUGGCUAUGGCCCUGAUAGAUCUACUUCGGUAGGAUCAUUUAUUUUCAUUCACGUAAUGUAUUAUCAGUAAGCCUAUCACAUUAAUUUACCAUUCUCAUUCUUGGAGUGGACAUGUUUGCAGAGCUCACAAAUGUGAGAAAUACUUUUGAAAUAUUUCAUUUCAUUUAAAUUUCCAGUUUAGUUUGGAGCGCUCCAUGUUUGCAUGUGUCUGGUUUCUCCAUCCCACCAAAAUGUUGAGUGAGCGCGCAUAGAAAUACAUAGCCUGCGCGUCACGUUUGGGUCAUUACUGUGAGUUGAGAUACAAUUAGGAAAAGUGAUCAAUUUGUGAACAGUAAUUAAAUAUCAUGAUUUGAUCUGAUUUAGACAAAUUUACCAAUGUAAUGAAUAAUAUGGAAGUUGCCUUUUAUGUAGAGUCAUGUUGAACAUUAGGCCUAACCGUGGUUUUCACUAGAAAGAUUGGGGAUGUAUGAAUGUAACUCAUUAAACUUUUUAUUUCACUAUCAAUCAUCUCUGAUUGUUCUUUUGUUUAUGCAGGGGGUGAACUUCGAGACCUGGAAUCCAAACUAUGAGCCGGACAGCCACCAGCAGGACAUGGUGAGUGUUAUUGUUAGCAGGAGAGACCAGAGGCCUCAUGCCCAUGGAAACUGAUGGUGUACCCAGUGGCAUGUCCAGAACAUUUUGAAUAGGGUGGCCAAGGUGGGUCACAAACCCAGUUUAGGGGGGCAAUAACAUUUUGAACCUUAAUCAAUGCAAGUGGAUUUAUUUUAUAUAAUGAUGAUGGUUCAACGCAUUAAAUGCUUCAGCUUCGUCUACUCCAAAAUAAGUCCAGUAUCCGAACAGUGCACUGUGCACCCACCAUUUGAAUGGAAAGGGACAUCUAUUAAAAACACAAUGAUUGUAAUGACAUUCAGCUUACAAAGUGGCGUGUAUUCAUGUGUGCUUCCCAAAAAAAAUUAACAAUAAAGAAAGAAACAAACUUAUAAAAUGAUUUCUCAUUCAUGUCUAUCUGUGUUUCAUAAUUUUCCUUCAGUUCACAAGAGGCUGAAUCUAUUUCACCAGAGAAACCAUCCGAGCGAGGCAACAGCGCCCCUCUGUCUUAAAGCCGAUUUAUGCUGUCCGGAGGCUCUGUAUGGAGGGAGGGUGUGACACAAUUGUGGAGCCCAUGAAGGCCAAAUCAAGCUUGGUACGGCGAUGCCGUGCGCCUCCCAAAUGUUGUAACAAUGCGGAGGGCUCCGUAUAGCUCCGCAUUGACAUGAUUGGUUGAUGGUAGGCGGGGGCGGUACAUCCUGUAUAAACACAAACUCACUUCCUUGGAACUUAACAACAGACAUGGAGAACUUUGACGAAAGGCUAUCAGAACAAGUUUGCAAAUAUAAACAACUUUAUGAUACCUCGUGUAGGGAUUUCAAAGAAACAAAAAGUUUGAACUCCUGGAAAGAGAUUGGGGAGUUAAUCGGGAUGGAAGGGGAAGCUUGCCACAAGAAGUGGAGGUAGUUGAUUGAUUGAUUUUAUUUGACAAUUUAAAAUAUACUGAACAAAAAUAUAAAUGCAACAUGCAACAAUGAUUUUACUGAGUUACAGUUCAUAUAAGGAAAUCAGUCAAUUGAAAUAAAUUGAUUUGACCCUAAGCUAUGGAUUUUACAUGACUGUGCAGGGACGCAUAGGCCCACCCACUUGAGAGCCAGGCACACCCAGUGGGGAGCCAGGCCCAGCCAAUCAGAAUUAGUUUUUCCCCACAAAAGGGCUUUAUUACAGACAGAAAUAUUCCUCAGUUUCAUCAGCUGUCCGGGUGGCUGGUCUCAGACAAUCCCGCAGGUGAAGAAGCCGGAUGUGGAGAUCCUGGGCUGACGUGGUUACACGUGGUCUGCGGUUGUGAGGCCGGUUGGAUGUACUGCCAAAUUCUCUAAAACGAUGUUCAAUUCUCUAGCAACAGCUCUGGUGGACAUUUCUGCAGUCAGCAUGUCAAUUGCAUGCUCCCUCAAAACUUGAGACAUCUGUGGCAUUGUGUUGUGUGAGAAAAGUGCACAUUCUAGAGUGGCCUUUUGUUGUCCCCAUCACAAGGUGCACCUGUGUAAUGAUCAUGCUGUUUAAUCAGCUUCUUGAUAUGCCACACCUGUCAGGUGGAUGGAUUAUCUUUGCAAAGGAGAAAUGCUCACUAACACAGAUGUAAACACAUUUGUGCACAACAUUCUUGAGAAAUAUGCUUUUUGUGCAUCUGGAACAUUUCUGGGAUCUUUUAUUUCAGCUUUUGAAACAUGGGACCAACACUUUAAAUGUUGCGUUUAUAUUUUUGUUCAGUAUACAUAAGGAAGCCACAUCAGGCAACCAAGAUUGUAACAAAAUUACAGAGAAUUAUAUACACGAAAGGUCAAAGACUUGUUUCUAUUGUGGUCCUCUGUGGUGAUGGGAUGGACGGAGUCAGGCGCAGGAGUGUGUAGAAGGAAUAUGCUUUAUUCAGCCCAAUAAGGUAGUCCGCAGCAAUGCGUAAACACAAUCUCAGUGCGACUUAAAUGCAUACUGGGAACCAAACAUACAUGGGUAAAUAUUCCCAGUGAUAAAAUAACAAAGAUGCUCAACCGAUCUAGCGAUACCUCCACAAUAAACAAUCACACACAAAGACAUGGAGUGCAGAGGGAACACUUAUACAGGUACUGAUGAGGGGAUAUGAACCUGGUGUGAAGAAAAACAAGACAAAACAAAUGGAAUGAUGAGAUGAGGAGCGGCAGUGGCUAGAAGGCCGGUGAUGACGAACGCCGAAGCCUGCCCGAACAAGGAGAGGAGGCAGCUUCGGAGGAAGUCGUGACAUCCUCUAUUGGUAGGCUAGUGGCACUCAGUGCCAUAUAUUCAAUCAUACACAAUGUCCACAUAUUUAGAUAUAUACAGUAUAAAAAAAAGAAAAUAUACACAUCUAACAAACCAGUCCACUACUGCACAGUGGCUUUGCACUUGGUUGGGAGGCUAUCUCCAGGCUUGCAACAGUGUUUGAACCUAAGACUGGCAGAAACUCAGCCGGGAGUUUGUUUUAUUCUACCAUUGCCAUAUAGAAAAACGUAUUCUGGCCAGUACCGCUCUUGAAUCGACAUGGCACAUAAUCUGUGGCACUGUCUCUCGUGGCAUAGGAAUGAGAGUCCCUAAGAGUAGCAAGAUAUAAAAAAAAAUAGAUACUGGGGGACUGUACCAUACACAAUUUUAUGGGCCAAUCCCAGCUUCAGCUGAAUGACUUUUUUAUCAACUGAUAGCCACUGUAGUUCACUGAGUUGAAGGGCCAACAUGAGCCUGAGGGCUAAGAUUCAGAAUUACCCGUGACAUUUUAUUCUGAGCUGUCUGUAGCUUGUUCUUGAUGAACUUAGGGGAGCUACUGUACCAGGUAGUGCACACAUAGGCAAAGUGAGGCUGCACUAAUACUGCUGCAAAUGUUUUCAAGGUCUCUGUAUCUAGAAAUGUGGCUUUGCUGGCCAGAAAUGUCACUUUCUGGUUGACCUUGGCAAUUACUUUCUGUCUCAUACUCUCACUUGUCAGGAACCUGUCUAGUUCACACCCUAAGUAUUUAACACAGUUCUUGGCUAUAACCACUGUGUCACCAACCAUGACUCUAAAGCCUGGUGAUCUACCUAGUCUAAUCUCAAAUAAAAUUCACAAAAUUUUCCCAAAAAGAAGACAGUUGUUGUCUGACAGCCGGUUACUGAUACUCGUCAGUUCUGCACUAAGCUGGCUCUCAACCAUACUCUUGUCUUUGUGAGAGACCAAAAGAGCUGAAUCAUCUGCAUUUAAAAAAAAGUUGAUAGGAACAAGCUGAUUUCAUAUCAUUGAUACACACUUAUUGUACAAAACAUUAGGAACACUUUCCAUGACAUAGACUGACCAGGUGAAUCCAGGUCAAAGCUAUGAUCCCUUAUUGAUGUCGCUUGUUAAAUCCACUUCAACCAGUGUAGAUGAAGGAAGGAGACAGGUUAAAUAAUGAUUUUUAAGCCUUGAGACAAUUGAGACAUGGAUUAUGUGUGUGUCCCAUUCAGAGGGUGAAUGGGCAAGACAAAAUAUUUAAGUGCCUUUGAACGGGGUAUGGUAGUAGGUGCCAGGCGCACCGGAUUGAGUGUGUCAAGAACUGCAACGCUGCUGGAUUUUUCUCGCUCAACAAUUUCCUGUGUGUUUCAAGAAUGGUCUACCACCCAAAAGACAUCCAGCCAAUCUGUGGGAAGCAUUGGAGUGGCGCAGUGGUCUGGAGUGGCUAGCUGUGCCACUAGAGAUCCUGGUUUGAAUCCAGGCUCUGUCGUAGCCGGCCACGACCGGGAGACCCAUGGGGCGGCGCACAAUUGGCCCAGCGUUGUCCAGGGUAGGGGAGGGAAUGGCUGGCAGGGAUGUAGCUCAGUUGGUAGAGCAUGGUGUUUACAAUGCCAGGGUUGUGGGUUCAAUUCCCACGGGGGGCCAGUAUGAUUUAAAAAAAUAAAUAAUAAUGUAUGCACUCACUAACUGCAAGUCGCUCUGGAUAAGAGCGGCUAAGUGACUAAAAUGUAAAUGUAACAUGGGCCAGCAUCCCUGUGGAAUGCUUUGACACCUUGUAGAGUCCAUUCCCUAAUGAAUUGAGGCUGUUCAAGGGCAAAAGGGGGUGGAACUCAAUAUUACAAAGGUGUUCCUAAUGUUUGGUACACUCAGUGUAUAACAGAGACCCUAAAACACUCCACAGCUGAUUAAUCUUUAGUUGAGGGACAAGUUCGUAAAGCUAAAAUAAAUGUAAGGGUUGAAGUAGAGAUGCAUGUGGGAAAACAGUGCCGUCUUUCUACUUCACGCUAUCUUGGCUGAGCUCCUAUGUCAAGCAACAGGAUACCGACUCCAACAUCUCAGAAGAGGUAAGGUCUUGUCUUUUAGUUUAGCCAGCUGCUUGUAAUUAGCUGGCUGGCUAUAGAGAUUAGCCCUGAAUCACUACGAGUGGUUCAUUUUAAGUGGUGAAUGCCCUGACUUCUGCGGAGGCUGCAUCACCGUAAAUACUGUAUGGCCACUGCUCAUGCUGGAUUGACCAUAAAUCGGCUUUCAGUAUCUGUAGCGUAUGUAUCUGAUGCUGUCUGGCCAAAAAUAAUAUGACAUGUCAUACUCUUUUUGGCCAGACAGCAUCAGAUACAUGGGCUACACAUACUAAGACAGAGGGGCACUGGUUCGCUGGCUCGGAUGCUUUCUCCAGUGAGAUUGAGGGGUCUUGCUGUCGGUGCACAUCUUAGUCAAAUGUAUCAAUAUAUUCAGAGACAACCUAUUUCUGGGGGGGCUACAGGGGUGGCCAAUCAGAUUCAGGGGCACUCCACUGGGACCACCACCUUCAAUUUGAUCAAUUUUCAGUAUUUAAAUCAGUUGUGGAAAGAGUACCCAAUUGUCAUACUAUAAAGAUACCUUAAUAGAAAAUGACUCAAGUAAAAGUGAAAGUCAUCCAGUAAAAUGCUACUUGAGUAAAAGUCUAAAAGUAUUUGGUUUUAAAUAUACUUAAGUAUCAAAAGUAAAUGUAAUUGCUAAAAUCUACUUAAGUAUCAAAGUAAAAGAAUAAAUCAUUUCAAAUCCCUUAUAUUAAGCAAACCAGACGGGACCAUUUUCUUGUUUUUUUUUAAUUUACGGAUAGCCAGGGGCAUACUCCAACACUCAGACAUCAUUUACAAACGAAGCAAUUGUAUUUGUAUUGUAGUAUGUAUAUCAAUGAUGUCGCUGUGACUCUCAGAUCCACCUCUACGCAUUGGACACUGUGUUAACAAACCUCCAAACGAGCUUCAAUGCCAUACGACACUCCUUCCGUAGCCUCCAACUGCUCUUAAACGCUAGUAAAACUAAAUGCAUGCUCUUCAAUCGAACGCUGCUUGCACCAGCCCGCCCGACUAGAAUCACUACUCUCGGCGGGUCUGACUUAGGUGUCUGGUUAGACCCUAAACUCUCCUUCCAGACUCACAUUAAGCAUCUCCAAUCCAAAGCUACAUCUAGAAUCGGCGUCCUAUUUCGCAACAAAGCCUCCUUCACUCAUGCUGCCAAACAUGCCCUCGUAAAACGGACUAUCCUACCGAUCCUUGACUUCGGCGAUGUCAUUUACGAAAUAGCCUCCAACACUCUACUCAGCAAAUUGGAUGUAGUCUAUCACAGUGCCAUCCAUUUUGUCAUCAAAGACCCAUAUACUACGCACCAUUGUGACCUGUACGCUCUCGUUGGCUGGCCCUCACUACAUAUUCAUCGCCAAACCCACUGGCUCCAGGUCAUCUAUAAAUCACUGCUAGGCAAAUCCCCGCCUUAUCUUAGCUCAUUGGUCACCAUAGCAACACCCACCCGUAGUAUGCGCUCCAGCAGGUAUAUCUCACUGGUCAUCCCCAAAGCCAACACCUCCUUUGGCCGCCAUUCCUACCAGUUCUCUGCUGCCAAUGACUGGAACGAACUGCAAAAAUCUCUGAAGCUGGAGACUCUUAUCUCCCUCACUAACUUUAAGCAUCAGUUGUCAGAGCAGCUUACCGAUCUCUGCACCUGUACACAGCCCAUCUGUAAUUAACCCACCCAACUACCUCCUCUUCAUAUUGGUAUUUAUUUUGCUCAUUUGCACCCCAGUAUCUCUAUUUGCACAUCAUCUUCUGCACAUCUAUCACUCCAGUGUUAAUACUAAAUUGUAAUUAUUUUGCACUAUGGCCUAUUUAUUGCCUUACCUCCAUAACUUACUACAUUUGCCCACACUGUAUAUAGAUUUUCUAUUGUGUUAUUGACUGUACGUUUUGUUUAUUCCAUAUGUAACUCUGUGUUGUUGUUGUUUUUAUCUCACUGCUUUGCUUUAUCUUGGCCAGGUCACAGUUGUAAAUGAGAACUUGUUCUCAACUGGCUAACCUGGUUAAAUAAAGGUGAAAUAAAACAAUAAAAUAAAAAUAAAUGUGGUGAGUCCAUCAGAUCAGAGGCAGUAGAGCUGGCCAGGGAUGUUCUCUUGAUAAGUGCGUGCAUUGGACCAUUUUUCUGUCCUGCUAAGCAUUCAAAAUGUAACUAGUAAUUUUGGGUGUCAGGGAAAAUGUAUGGAGUUAAAACUGUAGACCUCCACAAGUCUGGUUCAUCCUUGGGAGCAAUUUCCAAACGCCUGAAGGUACCACGUUCAUCUGUACAAACAAUAGUACGCAAGUAUAAACACCAUGGGACCACGCAGGCGUAAUACCGCUCAUGAAGGAGACGCGUUCAUUCUCCUAGAGAUGAACAUACUUUGGUGCCAAAAGUGCAAAUCAAUCCAAGAACAACAGCAAAGGACCUUGUGAAGAUGCUGGAGGAAACAGGUACAAAAGUAUCUAUAUCCACAGUAAAACGAGUCCUAUAUCGACAUAACCUGAAAGGCCGCUCAGCAAGGAAGAAACCACUAGUCCAAAACCGCCAUAAAAAAGCCAGACUACGGUUUGCAACUGCACAUGGGGACAAAGAUCGUACUUUUUGGAGAAAUGUCCUCUGGUCUGAUGAAACAAAAAUAGAACUGUUUGGCCAUAAUGACCAUCGUUAUGCAAGCCGAAGAACACCAUCCCAACUGUGAAGCACGGGGUGGCAGCAUCAUGCUGUGGGGGUGCUUUGCUGCAGGAGGGACUGGUGCACUACACAAAUUAGAUGGCAUCAUAAGGAAGGAAAAUUAUGUGGAUAUAUUGAAGCAAGAUCUCAAGACAUCAGUCAGGAAGUUAAAGCUUGGUCGCAAAUGGGUCUUCGAAAUGGACAAUGACCACAAGCAUACUUCCAAAGUUGUGGCAAAAUGGCUUAAGGACAACAAAGUCAAGGUAUUGGAGUGGCCAUCACAAAGCCCUGACCUCAAUCCUAUAGAACAUUUGUGGGCAGAACUGAAAAAGUGUGUGCAAGCAAGGAGGCCUACAAACCUGACUCAGUUACACCAGCUCUGUCAGGAGGAAUGGGCCAAAAUUCACCCAACUUAUUGUGGGAAGCUUGUGGAAGGCUACCCAAAACAUUUGACCCAAGUUAAACAAUUUAAAGGCAAUGCUACCAAAUACUAAUUGAGUUUAUGUAAACUUCUGACCCACUGGGAAUGUGAUGAAAUAAAUAAAAGCUGAAAUAAAUAAUUCUCUCUACUAUUAUUCUGACAUUUCACAUUCUUCAAAUAAAGUGGUGAUCCUAACGGACCUAAAACAGGGAAUUUUUACUAGGAUUAAAUGUCAGGAAUUGUGAAAAACUGAGUUAAAAUGUAUUUGCUAAGGUGUAUGUAAACUUCCGACUUCAACUGUAUUUGAUACAAUCACACCAAUUGCGCUCCAGCCAUUACCACGAGCCUGUUCUCCCCAAUUAAGGUGCCACCAACCUCCUGUGCUGGGCAGGCACCAUGUGGUAUAGUUAGGCCUACCGGUCUGCUGGCCAGAUUUGGCAGGGUAGUAGGGGUAAGGAAGAGGAAGAGGUAAAAGUAGGCCAUGAACUAAGCAUAAGAGAGGUCAGGUGUGUGUCUGUGGCGGCAGCCAUAUCACAGCCACUCGUCCACUUUCAUCUCCUUGCUGACUCUACAACCAGUGCAAAACUAAAGGCAAAUAUAACAAUACGGUAAAAACAUGGCAUGUGAAGUUUUCACUUGACAACUUGAGAGUACUAGGCAUUACAUAAUGCACACUGAUAUUAUGGAGACUGAAAGCCUACCCAUAUUAUUCUGCUGCAGACUGGGGAUGCGGAGGCUGACAUGUCUGAAUCUAAGGGAACACUGAAGAGGUUCCAGAGGCUAGUGAGAGUGAAGAAGGGAAGCCAGAUGGGACUAAAUGAUGGAAAGACUGACAUCAAAGGUGAGUUCUCAUGGAUGCACCUCGGCUCUAAAGGUGAAGACAGAGCUGCCUGCCUGCUUGAUACAGAACAGAUCCUAUGAAUACAAAACCUCUAAAAUUAUAGUGUUAAAAAAUUAUCGUCCCCCAAGGCCUUAAUCAGAACCUAUGAAUGAAUAGGCCUACAAAGCCCUUUAUUUCUCUUCUUGUCCAGGUCACUUGGCAGACUCUGUGUUCAGUAAUGACAGUCCCGUCAUCACCUGCAUUGGGCUGGGGAAGAAGACAGAGAAGAAGACCUCUAAGGCUGCUCAAAUAUCACCGCAGAAGCAGCAGACUAAGGAGACCAAUGGGAAAGCUGGGGAAGGACCUUGGAGCACUGGGGUUCACGACCCCCACUGGGGCCCCACAGAAGUCCCUCCACCCUGGGACGUCCCCUACCACACCUGCCACCGGCCCCCAGGCGAGCCCUGGAACUAUGGCUUCGACUUCACCCUGCCCCGAGCAACAGCCUGGGACCGAUUUGAGAAUCAGACAGACGCCCCCAGAGAUCUUGCUACAAUGGGUAAUCUGCUCAAUCACAGAUCUGGACAUCUCAGAAUCCACGGUAAGAUACAGUUCACUUAA